AUGCUCGCGCUGAUCGCGCCUCUCGCCGCGGCCUUCGCUCCGCCCCUGUCACCGAGGCUGAAGCCAUCGGUCCGCCGCGGCGCUGCUCGCGGCGGCCUCUUUGGCGGCGGCGACACGCAGGUGGUGACCGACAUCGACGACACCGUAAAGUCGAGCGGCGGCCUCUCGCUCGCCGGCAUCCCGCUCGGCGGCGUCGACACGAGCUAUGCGCGCGGCUCCUUCUACCCGGGCGUCUUCCAGUUUGGCCUCGAGCUCUCGUGCGCGCGUCUGCCGCCGGGCCGGCCUCCCGCGAGGGUGGCGGUCCUCACCGCCCGCGCCGUCGAAUUCAAGGCGCUGCUCGAGAUCAAGCAGAGCAGCAAGCUGUGCGUGCGCUACCGCGACGCCGCGCAGCGGCGGCUCCGCGCGCCGUGGGGCGUCGGGCCUGUGCUGUACGGCAGCGUGCAGGAGUGGGUCUGCCAGGAGCGCAAGGGCUGGCGCAAGGCGGCGAACUUUGAGCUGCUGCGAGCCGAGGCGCCCGCAGGCCGCCGCUUCAUCUUCGUCGGCGACAAUGGCGCGUCGGAGAAGGACCUGGACGCCGCGGAGCGCAUCACGCGGCGCCACCCCGGCCUGGUCCGCGCCGUCUUCAUGCACGCAGUCUCGCCGGGUGCGACGGCCGCGCCGCUCCCGCCCGACGGCGAGCUGCAUGGCGUGCCGCUGCGCUACUUCCGCACCUACGCCUCCGCGGCCGCGAAGGCGCACCAGCUCGGCCUGAUUGGCAGGGGCGCGCUGGCGCGGGUGCUCGACUCAUGCGAGGAGGAGAUGGCCGCGGACUCGCUCAACCUGCCGCCCGGCUCGCCAAACGAGCGGCUCCUCGUCGACGAGGCGGCGAACACGCGGGUGCGCAGGGACAUCGCGACUCUGCCCGCUCGCUCGACCCUUUUGCCGCGAGAGGGCGCCGGCCGCGUGCAAGAGGUGGCUGGCGCCCUGAGGCGGCAAUUGGUGGCGUGGGGAGUGCGGAACGCUACUGGCGGCGUGACAGGGCCUCUCUCGAUUGCGUGUGCCGCCCAUCGGCACGCGGGUGGCUGGCGCCCUGAGGCGGCAAUUGGUGGCGUGGGGAGUGCGGAGAACGCUACUGGCGGCGCGACAGGGCCUCUCUCGAUUGCGUGUGCCGCCCAUCGGCACGCGGGUGGCUGGCGCCCUGAGGCGGCAAUUGGUGGCGUGGGGAGUGCGGAGAACGCUACUGGCGGCGCGACAGGGCCUCUCUCGGGCGCCGGCCGCGUGUAA